AAUGAGAUUGAAGUUGACGUAGAUGUCAGCGAUUGGUUUGUUUCUUGUUUCUCACCCACAAAUAGAAAACAGUUCCGUGGUAAUCUUUUGACGUUUGCAGAAGUAGUCAUCAGAAAACAAAAUAUAUGGAAUUUUUUUAAAAAAAUAUUAAGAGCGAUUAAUUAAAUGUGAAAAUAUCAUGAGGUCCCUAAGUAUAUCAUUAUUAAGCUUAACCUUAACUUUAUUAGUCAUAGCCAAUGCAUACUAUCAGAAGAAACAGUUUUACCCAUCUGUUGUGUAUAUUACAAAAUCCAACCCUAGUAUGGCUGUAAUAUACAUACAAGCUUUUAUUUGUGUAUGGAUAACUGGAAAGAUAAUGAGGAAAAUAUUCUUUGGCCAGUUAAGAACUACUGAGUUUGAGCAUCUUAUGGAAAGAUCCUGGUAUGCUGUAACGGAAACUUGUCUAGCUUUUACUGUAUUUAGAGAUGACUUUAAUCCAAAGUUUGUAGCAGUUUUCACAUUACUAUUAUUUUUGAAGUCUUUUCACUGGCUUGCUGAAGAUCGAGUGGAUUAUAUGGAACGUAGUCCUGUUAUAAGUUGGCUUUUCCAUAUCAGAGUAUUGUCUUUACUACUUUUACUUGGUUCUUUGGAUCUCCACUUUAUCCAACAUGCAUACCAGUCAACAGUUUCAAAAGGCGCUUCUGUGCAACUGGUUUUUGGAUUUGAAUAUGCAAUUCUUCUAACAGUUGUAAUAAAUAUUGCCAUCAAAUAUGGUUUACAUUCCGUGGAUUUAAACAGCGAGACACCUUGGGACAACAAAGCAGUGUUUUUAUUGUAUACAGAGCUGGUGAUGGGUCUCAUCAAAGUUAUUUUAUAUUUCGCUUUUGUAGCCAUAAUGGUCAGAAUUUACACUUUGCCGCUUUUCGCAUUCAGACCAAUGUACUACACAAUACGAAAUUUCAAAAAAGCAUUUAGCGACGUUAUAUUAUCCAGAAGAGCUAUUCACAACAUGAACACCUUGUAUCCAGAUGCCACUCCAGAAGAAUUACAAGCUGCUGAUAACGUUUGCAUCAUUUGUCGGGAAGAAAUGACAACCGCAUCAAAAAAACUUCCCUGCAACCAUAUUUUCCAUACUGCUUGUUUAAGAUCAUGGUUCCAACGUCAACAAACGUGUCCUACUUGUAGAUUGAACAUUUUGAGGAACCCCACAAAUAAUAACACCCGUCCAGCAGCCGCUGCUCCUCCUCGUCCACCACAACCACCUUUCAUGAACCCAUUUUUUGCUGGUCAAAACCCAUUCCAAAUGUUUCAACCACCUAAUAUGGAUAAUCAUCAACCCCCUCCGCAAGCCAGGCCUGCAGAGGGAGGAGCAGACCAAACAGGGCCACCUCCUCAACCUCCAACUGGUGCAAAUUUACCUCCUUUCGUUUUUCCCCCGUUUCCUUUUGUUCCAUUUUUACCACCUCCACCUAUGCCACCACAGAACUUUGCUUCUUUAUCAACUGAAGAACUGCAGAGGAUGGAGGGUAAUGAACGAGAAAACGUCGAGGCUAGGAUACAGUGUUUGAGAAAUAUUCAGAUGCUCUUGGACGCCGCAGUGGUGAUGAUGCAACAAUAUAGUACAACAGUACUUCUUUCGAACCAAGUUCCCCCAAUGGCUCCAAACGCAACACCGCCCCCCAACGUAUUCCAAACAAAUAAUCCUAGUUGGAAUAAUCCUCCUAACCAAUCUGACACCCCAAAAGUAGCUAAAGUAGCACCUACAACAAACGCUCCUCAGGCUAGUCCAAGCACUGAAACCCCGGAAAGUUCUGUUGAGAGUUCUUUUGACAAACCAACCACUUCCAAGGAAGGUAUGAGUCAAGACCUGAGUCAAGACCCUAGUCAAGUAAGUCAGGAAGAAGUAAUAAGGAGGAGAAGAUUGCAAAAAUUUGAGCAGCAGACUGUUGAAACAGAGUAAUUUUUUCUACUGUUAUAUUACUUAAUUUUGUUAAAUUUCACGUGAUCAAGGUAUUUUAUAAUACUGAAAACUAUAAUUUUAUACUACACUGCUAUUAUUUUAUUUAUAAUGCUGUUUUUGUUUUGAAAUAAAUUAAAGUAAAACAAGUUGAGUGCGAAUUUUGUUUCUAGUCAAUAUUAUUGAAUGUUAAAAUAGAAAUAUUAGAAAUUCCAUUCUUUAAUAAAAAGUUUUUUUUUUAUUGCACAAUAUUACUGGUUCAGAAACUUUAAACCAUCUGGAUAUAGUGAAUAUAAGGCAGACAAAAAAUAAGCGAAUUUGAACUAAAAUUUUAAAUGAAUGAACCUACUGAAUUUUUAUUUUAGUUAAGAAAUAAUUGUAAAGUAAACGAAUUAGUGUUUUCAGUAAUAUUAAUAAACCAAAUAUAUUUAUAUAUUUCUUUUAAUUCAGAAAGAUUUUUUUUUAAAGGACGCAAGAUUUUUUAAACAAUUUCAAUGAGAGCUUAUCAAAAAUUUUAUUAGUUCAGAGCUGUGCUUUAGGUACUGAAAUCGUUUUCUAUAGAUCUUAUGGAAAAAAAUGGUAAAAAAUGAAAGGUGCUAAAAGUCUAUAUGAAAAUGCUUGUAAGCAUAUUUUUUUAUCUCAAAAUUAUGUUGUCCAACACAUGACUUUCCUGUAAAGUUAUCAGUUAUAUUGAGUAAUGCCCUCUAUCUUGAUUGCCAACGAAAAUACGGAAUAAUGAGUUUUUUGCACUUUUUCUGAAAUUCCUCCAUUACGGUCUAUUUUAGUGAAAUGUAAGAAAUUGGCGUCUGAAAAUGUUCCGACUAUUGCCCAAAAUCUAAUCAGUUUACUGCAGGACGGAUAAAGCUUAAGUUUAUAAUAUGGUGUUUUGCUUUUUUAUCCGUUUUGGAGUCAUCGCAAAAUGGUCAAAAUGGAUUUAGGGGACCCUAUAAUGUAAAAAUCCAAAGAAAUCUCAAGGUCGAAAAAUUCAUAAUUUCUAUAUUUUCCGUACUGAAUACAGGAAAGUAAAAAUGAAUAAUUCACUGGGCGCGCCAUUAACUUGUUCUAUCAGAUAAAGAACAUUUGUCACGACACUAAACUAAUUACUAAAUUUUGACUGAUUGUGAAUCACAGUUCAGCAACUUAAAUAAAACUGCCAAAAAAUUACCUUGGUUACGUCAUCAGCGCCGAUUGUGUAGGAGAGUGGCCGGCUGGUUCUACAAAAUGUUACUGGCUAGUCGCUAUUUUGACGGCAAACAGAGUGGUUUUGCAAGUUGACGUGUUGACUUGUUAAUAAAAAUGAAACAGGGAUUCGUUCCUGGUCAGUCAGACAAUUUGUCCAAAUUGAUUCCAUGGCAAUGGCUAGUUAUUUUGCCACAAAUAACGAUUUUAUAUGUGCUGAAAUACCUGCUUCUAAAUACUAUUGGCAAAUGUUCAGCUACUUUGUUAGGAGGUGGCCAUAUAAUUAAUAAGUGUAAUAAGAAUGUAUAUAUUAAGGCUAAUGACGAAGAUGUCGAUGCAAAAAAAAAUGAAUAUAUAUAUGUGGAACCGGCAUUUUAUCUGACAAAAUUUGCAAGCAACAAUAUGAUUCCUUUGGGAUACCUAAAAGUAGUUUCGGAGCUAUAUCUAUUGACAUUAAGGUCCCCUCUAACAUGCAUGCUUUAUACUGAUCAUCAUGGUCCAAAUUUGUGGCAGAAGACUCAUUCUCAAUCGGUAGAAUUUUCAGAAGAGCAACUCAAUUCAAGAUUUUCCAAACUAAAUGUCUGUUUAAAUUUGAUAGGAGAAGUAUUUACAUAUGAUACUACUUUUUUAUUGGAGAACAUGACACAUUUGAUUGUUGCUAGGAACAAGAGUAGGUCCGUCAUGAAAGAGCUCGAGUGGGUCGUCUUCAGUAGCAUCACUGACUACUACUACAAUCAACCCACUCAUUUUGAAGUGUGUGUGAAAUUUGAGGAUUCUAUAUUUUGGAGGAUUUCAACACGACAUCUUUUUGCUGCAGCAUCUCGUUCAGGUUUGAUAGAUUCGAAACCUGACUGCUGACACUUAAAAAUAUGAGGUAAAACACUCUUUCCGAGUCUUACGUUUCCGCCCAUCGUCUUCCUCUCCAUAUAGUUUUCCAUAUCAAUUUCAAGUGGGAAUAAAAAACAGAAUGUUCCCUUCCAUCAUUCUUUAUCUGCUUUAAACAUUUUUUAAAUGUUUUUUGCAAGACCCAGUAUAUCAAAUAUUAAUAAAAAUCUACAUUUCCUUAUUUAUACACUAGAAAUCAUACGUUUGGGCACAUUUUAAAGGAUGAGCCAUUUAUUACCGUCAUAAUAGAGAAUUCCAUUUUAAAAGGCUCUAAAUUAAUAAUGCCUUCUUAUGAUGAUAGGCCGCAAAUAUAAAGGAUAUUUCUAUACUAUUUACCUACAUAUUUAUGUUAUUAAAAAAUACCGAGAAUCACAUUUUACAUAAUACUAAUAGAUAUUUUGUAUUGCUUAGUAAUUGUAAGGAAAUACAUAUUAGGUAUGGAAAAUCCAUCUGGUCUUUAAUGGCUUUUAAAAUGACUAUGGUUUAUAUUAAUAUUUAUAUAAAAUGGUUUUUUUUUCUUGUAGAGGUGAACAUCCUUUAUGGACACUACCUGUGGGUAGUAGUGUGGGACUCUCAAAUGGUUUACUCACUGAAAAUACUUCCUUGCUCUAAGUAGCUCUUCCUGGGACCGCCUAACAUAAAAUAGUACCUAGCCCAUUGUUCCAAGUUGGGCUUUUUAAAAUAAUUUAAAAAACGAACUAUUCAGAUGAAUUUUUAUACAUCUUUUAUUGCAAGACAUUCGAAUUCAGCUGUAGCAGACCCUAUAAAUUCGCCAGUGAGGAGAAUGACAUACGACAGUUGAGAAUAUGAUAAAGAUCACGGUUUUCCUCUCAAUAAAAAUUGACGUGUUUUGCAAUUUUUUGACAUAUUCAGAGUGGCUACAUUAAAAAAGUAUACUCAAUAAGUGUAAGAGGACACUUGUUAAUUUAUAAAUAGUUGCCGAUAUGUGUAAGAUGUCGUUAAAGGUAUCGUUUUACGAAUCAUAUGAAUUAUUUUCAUAUUUUAGAGCCGCACAAUUCUGAAUUAAUAACAUUUUUGAUAAGUUAUAUCUGAAUUAGAAACGAAAUUGCUGUACAAAAAUCCCUGGUAGUGUUUUUACGUACUAAAAUAUGGCCGGCUUGGAUUAUUUAUAAAAUUAUUUUUAUAUUAUAAAGUAAUUUAUGUCCAACUAAAUACAUUUUUUGUUUAAAGAAAUGUAUUGUUUUUGUUAAAAUAUAAAAAAAUGUUCACUUAACAUGAAACAUUAAUGUCAUUUCAUGUUGACCUUUCACAAAAUUUUUUGACAAAAAGAUGAAAGGCAUUUAUUCAUUUUAACAAGAGGCUUGAGUUGGAAUUGAUUGUUUAACUUAACAAUAACGGAACGUUUCUAGACGUGUUUAAAAUUUUUUUGUAUGGGAUAAAUGGGCUAAAAUGUAACCAAAAACUAUUAUAUUUAUUUGCACUAAGUUCGAUUCUGUUAUAUCUUUUUUUUUUUUUAAUCGUCAAAUCUAAAAUUUAUUACACAGAUUGGGAUUCUAUAAAUUUAAAACACUCAGUGCGAAAUAUACUGAUAAUAGCAAGUAUUGUAAAAUAUCUACCUCUACCUACAUAUUUGUGAUUUGGAAAUUUUAAAUUUUUGAGCUUCAUGGAGGUUACUUUUAAUUGAUUGUAAUAACUGUAAUUUAUUAUUUUCUUAGGUUUAAAAUAAUGUAGUUUAUUGAAUAUAUAAACUUUUACAAAAACAUUAAAUUGUUUUCAUUGAGGAAAUAAAAAAAGUUAAUCAUUCCCAAUAAAAUUAAAACAUUUUAUUAACAUUUAUUUAAUUUGUAUACACAACUUAAGUUAACUAUGCCUCCGCUUCUUCAUUUUCUUCUACUUUCUUUUCUCUCCUAUAUUGCCUACAUUCUGGAUAUUUAUCAGUCAGAAAACUUCUAAUUUCCCCAUAUUCUGCAAUCAAAUUUCUUUUAACUUCAGCUUGAUUUCUAAAUUUUUCUUGCUUUUUCAAAUAAAUUUCAUAUGAUUUGUAUUUCGUAUAAAAUGGAGGGAAUUUCUUUUUUUGUAAUACAACUUUACCAUCAAAGCAGUAUUGUUUGAAAUCUAAUAUUUCAUCUUUAGGUAUCUCUUGUGCUUUUCGACAUUCUGUAGGAGAUGCUAUAACGGUCGGAAAGUAGUUACUUUCUUUGCAAAUUUGCACAAGAUGAAGCUUUUUUUCUUCAGCUAUUUCCUCUGGUGUUUUCUAGAAAAUAAAAAGUGU